AUGAAAUUCACAAUAGAAUCUGAUGAAGGAGAGGAAGCUGGUGAUGACAAGAAGAAGAAGAGUGCAAGAACCACUAGAACUAAAGUUCUUGGAAAGUCAACUAUGGUGAGAGAUCCAUCUGAUGAUGAAGAGGAAGAGGAAGAGGAUGCUGCUCCAGCACCUAAGGUACAAAAGCUUAUGGGAGAUGCAAUCAAGUCAGGGGAUGCUCCUAAGCCCAAACCUGCUCCCAAAGCUGCUGCUCCAGCCACCAAGUCUGUACCCAAGAGAAGCACAAGAAACAUCCCUACUGAAGAGAAUAACAAGGCCCUAGUGCCUGAAGCUGAAGAAGAAGAAGCUGAAGUCCAAGUGCUGAGAAAGCUCAAACCAAAGAUCCCAGACCACAAUGACACUCAUCCAUUGGCAGAGGACAUGAGAAUUAGGAAGGAUGCAAGUCUAAGACUUUGGAGGAAAAGUGACCCUUAUGCUAUGAGAAGGAGAACCGUUGUGGAUUAUAGGUUAAACAUUAAGGAACAACAAGACUUUUAUGAGACCAUUCUGCUUGACAAGAAGCAAAUUGUCUGUGACAUGAGAUGGGUUGACUGGACAUACAUCAGAGAGAAUGAAGAUCAUUUCCCAGGUGUGUUUGAUAGCUUCAAGGCUUGUGGAGUUGACAAGUUUGUUGGCCAUAAGCUCAAUAAGUGGAAUGAUGAGCUGAUCAUGCAAUUCUACUACACUGCUCACUUGUAUCCAGAUGGUAGCAUUGUAUGGAUGUUAGAAGCUCCCGUAGGCAAGCUUUUGGGUUUUCUGGUUUCUAACAGGGGCAUCGAGGCUAACCCGGAGAAGAUCAAGGCAAUCACCUCUCUGUCUAAGCCGGCGUGCAUCAAUGAUGUUCCGCGUUUGGCGGGUCAGAUCGCUGCUUUAAGCCGGUUCAUAAGCCGUGACGCUGCCAACACUGCCUUUGAAGAUUUGAAGAGACAGCUAGUUGAGCCGCCGGUCCUUGCUGCUCCCUUUGAUAAGGAGCCAUUAUUAUUAUAUGUGGCUGCUAACACAUGGGCUGUCAGUGUGGCCAUCAUGGUGGAGCGCAAAGAGGCUGGCAAA